GUAAUCAUCAACAAGAAACAGCCAUUCAGUUGUUACGAAUAUUCAUCCACUUGACACUUGAGAUUUCUCAGGUGUUUAGAAUAGUCACGUUAGUCAUCUACAACGUAAGACCAGGCACAUGUAUGCAUCGGUCCAAGCACAACAAGAUGAACGCCGAAUUCGUAAAAGUAGUUACAUCGAUGGUACUAAUAUAUAGAAAAAAGAUUGGAAGUAAGUAUAGAGUCUAGGAAGAAAGAACUGUUCUGUAGAAAGAGGGAUAUAAAGUGAUUUUAAUCUCUUAUUUUAAGGUGACAUAGAGAAUGUAUACACCGACGCCAUUGUGAUCGGUUCUGAGCCAUGUCACUCAGUCUCCAACCAUUGGUUACGAUAGUCACGCGGACUCCAACCACGUGGUCUGCAUCUUACUCAAUGUUUUAGAUUGUCAUUCAUAUUAAGAAGUCAUUAUUUUGUGAAAAACUUAAAAAUGAUCUUUAUUUAUUAACUAGACCACUUCGUGUAAUCCCUUGAAUACAUCCGAACAUUUUCAAAGCUAAGGUAUUAUUGAGUAAACAGGCAAUAAUAUUAACGUCUCAUUAGUCAAUACAACACAAGGAAAGUCACAUGAACUUGCGUCGUAAUACUCUUGAUUUUCACCCAACUAUUCAAACACAUAGUUUUUGGUAUAAUGUAUCACCAAUUACAUAUAUACAGUUACGAUGCAGUUUCAUUCACUAUAGUUGCAUAUGUAAUAAUCUUGAUUUUUUGUUUGAUAGUGCACAAAUGACCGCUUAUAAUGUAUUAUAUAUAAAGAGCUAUGAAAACAAGAAGUGCUCUCUCGAUGUUCUGAACUGUGUCAAUCAUAUUCAGAAAUCAUUAGAUCGUGAGAUGGCUCUUAAAGGUCCUAGUUAUUUAGCUGGAUUAUUUCGUCUAACUCCUCAGAUACAGUCAGGGGUUUUUGAAGCCAAACAACCAAAACCGAAAACAUCUUACGAGUCAAUACAACACAACGAAAGUCAAACGACCUUUUAUCGUAGUAUUCCGUCCAUAUCGGAUGACCCAAAUUCCCAAGAAUCCUUACAAAUAACUUCUGAGGUCCAAAAUGUAUUCAAUGAAAAGAUUCCAUUAUGUAUUAUUACACAAAUCGAUAGAAAUUUACCAUGUGCUAAAACAAUGAAAUCUGAAUAUCAUCAUCAGCAAGCAUCAACAUCUCAUUCUACAUAUGAGAAUAGAGAUUAUACAAAUAGUUGUCGUUCUUUAUUAUCAAUAUCUAGUAACAGAGAAAUUAGCGAUAUUGCACCAUCCGUUUUAAAGACACGAAAACACAAGUUGUUAGUUGAAUAUCAGGAAGCGAUGGAACCAAUAACUUCUAUUGAUAUCCCAUUGGAAUAUGAAGAGAAACUUAUUUCUUUAUUGAAAUAA